AUGCUAUCGCCCUUGCCAUUGCCCUUGCUCUCAUGUAUCGUACAUGCGCACAGCCCUUUGCUCUGCUCUGCUUUGCCUUUGCUUUUGCUUCCACAUACACACGCCGUUUGUACUGUACUUACAGAUGUACAAAAGCACUGCACAGCACCGGCCUGCACCGGCCUGCACCGGACCCGAGACUCAACUCCCUUCGACUCCCUUCGACUUCCGGAGUUGGCAUGUUCUACCCUACCUACCCACAUCCUACCUACGGUACGGUACCUCAGCCUGCCCUGCCCUGUGCUGUGCUGUGCUGUGAUGUGCUGUGCUGUG